AUGGCUGCACCAGAAGCGGAGGCCACGGCACCGGCUGCACCGGCGGCGGCGCCGGGGUCCGUGGACACGUCGGCGCAGCUAGCGGCGCUGCGCGCGCUGAUGGCGAAGUACGAGAGCGGCGCGCUUGCGGCUUACAUCGUGCCGUCGGAAGAUGCGCACCAGAGCGAGUACGUGGCGGAGUGCGACCAGCGCCGCAAGUUCAUCUCCGGGUUCUCGGGAUCCGCAGGCAUAGCGGUGGUGACGGCGACGGAGGCGCUGCUGUGGACGGACGGGCGCUACUUCCUGCAGGCGGCAACGCAGCUCAGCACCGACUGGCGCCUCUGCAAGGCCGGCACGCUCGAAAGUUGGAUCUCCACGCACUUGCCGAGGGGGGCGCGAGUGGGAGUGGAUGCGUCCACGCUCUCCAUUGAUGCGGCCCGGCGCAUCACACACGAGCUUGACAAGGCCGCUCAGCACCUCGUGCUCACCUCCACGAAUCUGGUGGACGAAGUAUGGGGCGCGGCGCGCCCACCGCCCCCCAGCGAGCCGGUGCGCGUGCACCCGGUGAAAUUCUCCGGGCGGACGGUAUCAGACAAGCUGGCGUGGGCGCGGCGCAAGAUGCGCGAGGAGGGCGCGCGCGCGCUCGUGGUAACCGCGCUGGACGAGGCCAUGUGGCUGCUGAACGUGCGCGGGGCGGAUGUGCCGUUUAAUCCGGUCGUGCUGAGCUAUGUGGUGCUGACGCGGGACGAUGCCACGCUCUAUGUGGACGGCAAGAAGGUCACUGAUGAGGUGGCAGCACAUUUGAAGAGCGAGGGCGUGCAAGUGAAGGGCUAUGAGGCUAUCCUCCCCGACCUGCAUGCGCUCGCUGCUACCCUCGCCGCCGCCGCUGCUGCUGCUGACAAGGAGAAGGGGAAAGACGGCGGCGGGGAGGGGCAGGCAGAGGCGGGUGGGAAGGAGGAGGCUGAAGGGAAGGAAGGGGAGAAAGCGGAGGAGAAGGCGAAGGAGGGAGCGAAGGAGGUGGUGAUGGAAGAGGCUAAGGGGGAAGGGAAGGGCGUGAAGGCAGAAGGAGAGGGCGGGAAGACAGGCGAAGCGAGCAAGGAAGCGAGCAAGGAAGCGAGCAAGGAAGCAGGCAAGGAAGCGAGCAAGGAAGGCGAGAAGGAGGCAGGGAAGGAGAAGGAGAAGCCUGGGUACAGCGUGUGGCUGUCCCCUGCCACGUGCUCGUACGCGGUGUACCAGGCAGUCAGCAAGCACCUGCCCGCACAGCACGUGCUGUUGCAGCAGUCUCCAAUCGCCCUGGAAAAGGCCAUCAAGAAUGAGGUGGAGCUGGCGGGGCUUCGCGCCUGCCAUGUGCGCGACGGCGUGGCACUCGUGCGCUUCCUCUCUUGGCUUGACCACCAGAUGAGGGAGCAGCAGGCAGCCCCGGGGUACUUCAAGGAGCGCGCGGAAGCUGCAGGCAGCAAGCGCAAGCGCUCCUUGAGUCAUGCAACUCCCACUCGGCGCAGCACCAGGAUCGCAAGGGGGUCUGGUGGGGAAGGGGAGGAAAAGAGUGUGGUUACCAGUGAGGUGAAGGCGAAGGGUAGGGGGAGAGGGAGGGGGAAGAAGGUAGAGGAGAAGGAGAAAGAGGAGGAGGAGAAGGAGGAGGAGAAGGAAAAGGAGAAAGAGAAGGAAAAGGAGAAGGAGAAGGAUGAAGAGAUGAAAGAUGUGAAUGAUGCAGAAGGGGAGAAGAAAGACGAGGAGGGUAAGGGUGAGAAGGAGGGGGAGAAGGAAAAGGAGAAGAAAGAUAAGGAAGGGGAAAAGGAAGGCAAGGAGGGGGAGACGGAAGUUAAGAAGGAGGGGGAGACAGAAGUUAAGGAGGGGGAGACGGUAGUUAAGAAGGAGGAGGAAAAGGAAGAGAAGAUGGAAGUUGAGAAGGAAGAAGCGAAGGAAGGAGAGAAGGAAGGCAAAAAGGAAGAGGAGAGCAACAAGGAAGGGGAGAAGGAAAUAAAAAAGGAAGAGGAGAAGGAGAAGGGAAUGGAAGUGGAGAAACAAAGCGAGAAGCAAGGGGAGAAAGAAGGCAAGAAGGAAGACGAGGAGGAAGGGAAGAAGGAAGAGGAGAAGGAAGGGAAGAAGGAAGGAGAAAAGGAAGGGGAGAAGGAGGAGGAGAAGGAAGGCGGCCCUGUGGCACUGACAGAGUGCAGUGUGGCAGAUAAGCUGCUGGCGUUCCGACAGGAGCAGGAGCACUUCAUGGGUCCGUCCUUCGCCACCAUAUCAUCAGUUGGCGCCAAUGCGGCCAUCAUUCACUACAAGCCCGAGCCCGACACAUGUGCUUCUCUCACCGCCUCCGAAAUCUUCCUCUGUGACUCGGGCGGGCAGUAUCUGGACGGCACAACGGACGUGACGCGCACGGUGCACUUUGGCAUGCCAACGGAGCAUGAGAAGAAGUGCUACACACUCGUGCUCAAGGGGUACAUAGCGCUGGAGCAGGUCAUCUUCCCCAACGGCACCACCGGCCACAUGCUGGACGUGUUACCGCGCAAGGCGCUGUGGCAGGAGGGGCUGGACUACCCGCACGGCACGGGCCAUGGCGUGGGCUCCUUCCUUAAUGUGCAUGAGGGUCCGCACCUCAUCAGCUUCCGUCCCAAGGCCAUUCAGACAGCCCUUGCUGCUAACAUGACCGUCACUGAUGAGCCGGGGUACUACGAGGAGGGCAAGUUCGGCAUGCGCGUGGAGAACGUGCUGCUGGUUGAGUCUACGGAGCUGCCCCACAACUUUGCCGACCGCGGCUACCUCAAGUUCGAACCCAUCACCCUGGUGCCGAUUCAAACGAAGCUGAUAGAGAACUCGCUGCUGACCAAGCCCGAGCGCGACUGGCUCAACCACUACCACGCGCGCUGCCGCAAGGAGCUCUCUCCCUUCCUCGAAGGCUCCCACCGCCCCCAUCCGCGUCUCCGUCUAUCCAACUCUCACCCUCUCGCCCUCGCCUCCUCCCCCCACUCUCCCCUCUCCCCCUCUCCCCGUCGCCUCCUCCCCCCACUCUCCCCUCUCCCCCUCUCCCGCCCCGCCCCCGACCCCGUCCCUGCAGCGGGAGGCAAGGCGGCGGUGGCGACGGCGGAGGCGCCGGCGGCGCUGGGGCCGUACAGCCAGGCGAUCCAGGCCAACGGCACGCUCUACGUGUCGGGCGUGCUGGGACUCGUGCCCGAGACCAUGAAGUUCGCAGGGGAGACCGUGGAGGAGCAGACAGAGCAGCUGAUGAAGAACAUGGGAGCCAUUCUGCGAGCUGGGGGAGCUGACUUUGACUCGGUGGUCAAGACCACCAUCAUGCUUGCGGACCUUGCAGAUUUCGGCACCGUGAAUAAGAUAUAUGCCACAUACUUCCCUGCACCUGCUCCUGCGCGCUCCACAUACCAGGUGGCAGCGCUGCCUCUGAAUGCCCGCAUUGAGAUCGAGUGCAUUGCUCUCAUUAAGAAGUAG